UCAAGUAUUGAUUACUUGACUUUAAUAAGUUAUUAAUAGUUGGAGCUUAACGUUUAAGGGAAAGUCUGUAACACAUUUUCAUAGGGAACUCAACACAUGUGAUAAGUGUGAAAUUUAGUCAAUUUGUGUUUACAGUUUUUUUUAUUGCAGAACUGUCUGUUGACUUAAUAGAGUGUUUUUAAAAUUAAUGAAAUUAUUUAUAGAACGACAAUUAUUUUCCAUUGUAUUUUAUUUAUGUUAAUUACUGUCAACGCUUUCUUUAUCCCAUCGGCUUGAUUCAGCUAUAAACACCGAAAAACUGUUUCUCGAUAUGAGUGAAUCUACUGAAAAUAAUUCAAACAACCAACCACUUAAAUCAAAAAGUGACACCAUUGAUGGAUUAUUACACAAAUACACAAAUGUAGUGAAAGGCUGGCAAUAUCGGUGGUUUGUCUUGACACCGUCAAGAUGUACACUGGAAUAUUAUAUGCCAGAUGAAAGGAAAAAAGUUCACCCAAGAGGAUGUAUUUACUUGGCAGGAUCUGUGAUAGCACCGAGUGAUGAAGACAGUCAAACCUUCACUGUGAGCGCAGCUUCUGGUGAAACAUACAAAUUAAAAGCUAGUGAUGCCAAUGAAAGACAACGUUGGGUUAACAGAUUGCGGCAGGUUGCCUUGGCACAUGAAACAACUUUAGAGCAAUUGAGUAUAUCAGGAGCCCGAUCUCAAGAAGAAACCAAAUCAUCAUUAAAUGCUGUCACCGAUACCUUAAUGCAAGCUCAAAAAACCCAACGAACCUUAGUAUCAGCAAUUGAGGCCUACACCUGUACAGAUCAACAUUUAUUAACUCUUAAAUCGCUUUCUUCGUCCACUGUAAUGUCGCUUGAGCAAUGUUUUGUAAUAUUACAUUCCAUUGAAGGAAGACGAUUGAGUUCAAAAUAAUAAUGAUAAUUAAAUGUGGAAAUUUCAGUCCAAUGCAA